CCCGUGCAUUAUUUUAUAUGUCGGAUGAACCGAGCACUGCUGUUUCCGGGCCUGGCGACGGCAAGAGUCCCCCGGCUAGGACCAACCAAGGUUUAUCGCUUUUUGUUGGUUUUUAACCCUCGCAUUCGUCGCAUCUUUGCCGCCUCGUCCAAUGAGGCUAUUGCCAACUGCACUGUCCGCGCUGCUGCCGAAACCAUGGGCGAGUCAUCGAUUGAUAUCAAGCACAUGGCCAUCGGUACUUUUGUCAGUGACCGCAAACAUUGUCUGAUGGGGAAAGCUAUUUGCAAGCAUGUGGUCCAGCAGGUCUACUGCCUCACCUGA